GCGCUAGACAAGACAACAGCAAGACCUCUCACACGUGACGAGAGAGACAGCUUGCUGAAGCUAAAUGUCUCCGCUAUAAAGUCUUCCACUCCAUUACCGGGGCACGUGACAUUGUAUGAAGGGAUGCCCGUGAUCCUUCGCAUGCGAAAUCUGUCGACAGACUUGGGGAUUACCAAUGGUGCACAAGGCAUUGUCCGCAAGAUAUGGACAGCUGUGUGCCCAUCAGGCUUUACUUAUGCAUCCUGUGUGCUCGUGCAUUUCCCAGAGAGCAAGGUGCAGCUGAGUCACCUUCCUGUUGGUCAUUAUCCUAUUGUCCCAUCAAUGUGGAAGUUCACGAUGACUCUGGGCGCCAUACCUGCAGAACAGCAAAAGCUCCAUGUCACCCGUUAUCAAAUACCCAUCCAGCCUGCCUUUGCAGUCACUGCACACUCUGCACAGGGAAAAACUUUACCUCAGGUUCUAGUGAAU